UACCUAUCUUUGCCUUUCCUCUUUAUAAAAACAGACCCCACCAAGAACAAAACACAAAUUCACACACCCCCCAUCAAGCAAGAAGAAACUCUGAUUCCUACACAAUCAAACCAAGCCAGCAAAACACAAAGCUAGCCGGGUCCGAACAGAAUGGAUUCAGUCAAGUCCUUCAAGGGUUACGGCAAGGUAGACGAGCUCGAGCAGCAAGAGUUCCACCGGAGGACACGUAAGCGUAUCAUCAUCGUCGUCGUCUCCGCCAUCGUUCUAGUAUCGGUAAUCGUGGCUGUAGUUGUAGGAACCGUGAUUCACAAACGAAAGGGCAGUUCAUCUUCCGAAGACGUCGUUCCCGUUCCGGAGCUGACUCCGGCUGCUUCACUCAAAGCCGUCUGCAGUGUCACUCAGUACCCUAGCUCUUGCUUCUCCAGCAUCUCCACUCUUGAAACCGGCAACACCUCCGAUCCCGAAGUUCUGUUCAAGCUCUCCCUGCAAGUCGCGAUUAAUGAGCUCUCGAAGCUCGUGGAUUAUCCAGCGACGUUAAUUGGAAAAAACAAUGAUACACGAGUCACGGAGGCUCUGAAGGUUUGCGAGACCGUUCUGGAUGAUGCACUGGACAGGGUAAACGACUCCGUAUCGUCGAUGGGUGUCGGUGAGGGAGGGAAGUUGUUAUCGGCAUCGAAAAUUGAUGAUAUGAGGACUUGGUUAAGUACUUCGAUGACUGACCAAGAAACAUGUUUAGAUGCCCUAGACGAGUUAAAUUCAACGCUUCUUGAAGAAGUGACAACUACGAUGGAAAAUUCCACCGAGUUUGUGAGCAAUAGUUUGGCCAUUGUUACCAAGAUUUUGAGUUUAUUGUCUGAUUCCGGCAUUCCGAUUCACCGGAGGCUGCUUUCGACUGAGUCAGGGUUUCCGAGCUGGUUGAGUGCAGGUGACCGGCGGCUGCUCCAGAAUACAAACUCAACGACGGUGCAGGAGGUCACGGUGGCGAAGGAUGGGAGUGGGGAUUUCACGACGAUCGCCGCGGCGGUGGACAAGGUGCCGAAUAAGAGUAAGACUAGAUUCGUGAUCUAUGUCAAGGAAGGUGUGUAUGAGGAGAAUGUAGUUUUGGAUAAGAGCAAGUGGAAUGUUAUGAUGUACGGCGACGGGAAGGACAAGACCAUCGUCUCCGGCAGUAAGAACUUCAUCGACGGGACUCCCACCUUCCACACGGCCACAUUUGCUGUCGCAGGAAAGGGUUUCAUAGCAAAGGAUAUGAAAUUCAUUAACACGGCAGGAGCAGCAAAGCACCAAGCAGUGGCCUUCCGUUCUGGUUCGGACAUGUCUGUGUAUUAUAAUUGUGCAUUUGAUGCCUACCAGGACACACUAUAUGCUCAUUCCAAUCGACAAUUCUACCGGGACUGUGACAUCACCGGCACCAUUGACUUCAUCUUUGGCAAUGCUGCUGUUGUUUUCCAGAAUUGCAACAUCCAGCCCAGGCAACCACUGCCUAACCAAUUCAACACCAUUACAGCUCAGGGAAAGAAGGAUCCUAACCAAAACACUGGCAUUUCAAUCCAGAAGUGUACACUUUCUCCCUUGGACAAAAACCUUACAGCUCAGACAUACCUUGGCCGGCCUUGGAAAGAGUAUUCCACAACAGUGAUAAUGCAGUCCAAUAUUGAGGCAUUCUUGAAUCCAUUGGGCUGGAAAGAAUGGGUCAGCAAUGUUGUCCCUCCCAGGACCAUAUUCUAUGCUGAGUACCAGAAUUCAGGGCCUGGAUCAAGUGUUGAUCAACGGGUCAAUUGGGUUGGUUACAAACCAUCUCUUUCAGAAGAUGAGGCUGGGAAGUUCACCGUGGAAUCAUUUAUUCAGGGCCAGGAAUGGUUGCCAGACACAAGUGUUCGAUUUGAUAACUCUUUAUGAUCUGAAAGCAGAUAAAGAUAUGGAAAUCAGGAUUUGUGCAUAGCAUGAUGAUUACAGUUUCUAUAUUUCUUUACAGACAUUACAAUUGGUCUGCAGCAUCUGAAGGCCAUGUGAGGCUAGUGUGCAACGAAGUGCGAGUGUUUUAACCUCUGUUUUAGGUAUUUUCUUCAUUUAAUUUUUGCAAUUAUAUUGUAACAUUCUCCAAAUCACAGUUGUAAUUUUUUUUAUACAAAGAAAAUAUGAAGCUUGGGUGUUGUAUUGUAUCCA